AUGGUCCGCAAGGACAUCUGCGAAAGGUGCCAGCAAAUCCCAGCCAAAAUCUACCAGCCCGUCGACGAAGCCACCUGGUCGCGCGUGGCCAAGCACUCGGGGAGCUACUCCCAGCUGGUCCAAUCAGCGACAACAUGUCCGCUCUGCAAGGUGUGUCUCAAAUAUAUCGACGACUGGUUUGACAGCACAUAUUAUGCCUCGAAAGCGAGCUUACUCAAAGAAGACCCCGUCAUCGUGCUCAAGAAUAUGUAUGAUGGCGGCCAGGGUCCUCAACGGCAAGUCUGGCUUGGGAUCACGGAAAAGAAGUGGGAGUAG